AUGCCAGCUUUCCAGCCACGCUUCCCAUGGCCAUUUUAUGCUGUCUUGUUGAUAGUGUCGCAGAAUAUGCAGAUGGUUGCUGCACUGCCGACCUUGAGUGCGAGAUCGGAUACCGCGACCUCUGGUGGUGGUCUUACACAAUCAGAGAAAAUAACCCUCUACGUUGUCGCGGCAGUUGGUGGACUGUUUGCUAUUCUGGGUGCUGUGAUUUACGUCCUGCGUACACGCCAUUUAAAGGAAUGUCGGGAUCAAUCUCAGAAGAUGACACAGUCUCUCCUGAAAACCCUGCCCAUCAUCCAAUACAACAAUGGCAGUGGGCACUCUGCAAGCACGCGGUCAUCAAGCAUCGUCUCCGAUGAUUCCAUUGACGAGAAAAUCGAAAAUCAAAGAAAUACGGCUUGUCCGAUCUGUACGGACGACUUUAUCGAAAAUCAAAUGCUGCGCAUUUUGCCGUGUGAACAUCAAUAUCAUAUGAAAUGCAUUGGAGAUUGGUUGUCUCGGGGUUCGAGCUGCCCAGUGUGCCGGAUUGAAUUGAAGCUGCCAAUCAAAAAAAGAUCUGCAAAGCAUGUGGAUCUGUCAGAUGUCGAGCAGACAUACCCGCGAGCAAAUGAUGGACACGCAAAGAAGCUCCAUAAUCGCUUGCUGAGACACCUUUAUAGUGUCGGGUUGGGACAACAUUAUAAUAGUGCUUGA